GAAGUGACUGCAGCUGUAACGUCACCAACAGCCGCUGUGACGAGUCUGGAGUCUGCAGGUGCGACCCGGGUUGGGAUGGCGAGCGUUGCGAGCGCUGCGUGCCGAUGCCUGGCUGCCUGCACGGUUCCUGUCAGCAGCCGUGGCAGUGCAGCUGCGAGCCGGGCUGGGGGGGGCGCUUCUGUGACAAAGACCUGGCGGCGUGCUCGGAGCAGCAGCCCUGUCACAACGGCGCUACCUGUGUGAUGGAGGACAGCGGUGAAUACACCUGUCUGUGUCCUUCAGGUUUCCACGGCAGGAACUGUCAGCUGAAGACAGGACCCUGCCACCAGCGGAGGUCUCCAUGUAAAAAUGGUGGCCUGUGCGAGGAUGCCGACGGCUUCGCGGCAGAGUUGACGUGCCGCUGCCUGGCGGGUUUCACGGGCCGGCGCUGUGAGACCAACGUGGACGACUGCCUGAUGAGACCGUGUGCCAACGGCGCCACCUGCCUAGACGGCGUCAACCGCUUCUCGUGCGUCUGCCCCGCCGGCUUCACCGGACGCUUCUGCACCGUCAACCUGGACGACUGCGUCAGCCGGCCCUGCCUCAAUGCCGGCCGCUGCGUGGACCGCGCCGGAGGCUUUCACUGCGUGUGCCCGUCCGGCUACACUGGCGCCACCUGUGAGACGCCGCUGAGGAGCCGCGACGAGCGUGGCUGGACGACACCUGGGGGUGGGAGGGGGGGUGGAGGAGGCAGGGUUCAAGAACCUCCCCCCUGA